ACAAAGAGAGGACGAUGAUAGUGCUAGUGAGAAUUUUUUUGCAGCAGGACUGGUACUGCAGGGUCCACCUCAAGGAACACCACGGUCAUCAAGAAGGUCACGAACGCAAUCGCGAGAAGAUACGACCACUAGUAAUGUACUAAAUGGUCAGGACCGCGCUCCUGUGGCCGUGGAAACUAAUGUGAAGACGCGCGUUCAUAGCAGAACCGAGAGCAAGAGUACGCCUAGCACAGGUGAAGAGGGCAUUAAAGUCGAGGAGAACGAUAUGCUAACGGAGAGGAUCAAACUCAAUGAUGACCACAAGGACGCAAAACCAGCAAAAGUAGGAAUGGACCACUUACAAAGAAGGCAUCUUACUACAGAAGAUGUAAUAGCUGCCCUAUCGGAGACCAACGUCGACGAGCAAGAGACCGCACCACUACGUCGGAG